GAUCUAGCAUUAGUAGAAGUGACAUUUCUUCCUUAGGGAAGAAAGGUUGCUCCUAAUGUCAGCUUGGAGGCCUGUGAUGAUAGCAGGAUCUGAGGCCAUGACCCUCAGUCUUUAUCUGCUGGUUUAUACAUGAUGUGUUAUGCUUUUGUUCUUCAAGAGCAAUACAUGAGGCUGAAACACCUUUUUUCCCUGAAAGCUAAAGGGAGAAUUUCAUAUCCUCAUAAAUUCUCUAUGAACCUUUUCAAGAUAGUCGUUCGAUUUCCUUUUUAUGUAUAAUAGAGAUUAAUACCAUCAACUUUUACUAUAAUCAUAUGAAAAGUAAUUGCAGAUAGUUGACUUGGAAAAAUCUGGUGGGAUUUCUUUAAUCUACAAUUUCAGUAAGCUGCCUUCUUGGAUAACCUAAGAAAAUUUAAUUAAAUCCGUCUACUUAUCACAAUUAAAAUAAUACGUAAAAAGCUUUUGUUAGCCGCAACUUCUCAUUAGUUCUAGUAUGAUGCCAAUCAUUUUGAUCAUCAAAUUCCAUUACUAAAAACUGCGUCUCUUUUCUGUCUCUUCUUUCUGCUGCUUCUCCGAGAUCAAAUAAUUUGGCUACAAACAGUGCUGAUUGAUCCAUAUUAUGUCUCCUUGGUCUGAAAACAAGAAAGAUUGGAAAAGGGCAAAUAUGUUUUCAUGCUUUAAAGGCAAGAAGGAUGAAACAGUGCUAUUGAGAAACGGAAGCAGACUAUUAGAGAAGUCGAUUGCCUUAAAUAAUGGCAGAGGUAAUCCUAUCCGUUGCUUCUCUGUUAAAGAGCUUCAAGAUUCAAUAAACAGUUUCUCUGAAAAUAAUGUUGUUUACAAUGAUGGAUCCUAUAAAAUGUAUAAUGUUCUUCUAUGAGAUCGUCCAGUAAUUGUGAAAAAGUAUUAUUGGGCAAGUGAUAUGGAGGAUCCUAUCAAUGACAUUGUGUUUGCAUCAGAAAUGAGCGUGCACAAAAAUGUUCUGAAAUUGUUAGGAUGUUGUUUAGAGUCAAAAAUUCCCAUUCUAGUUUUUGAAUGUGCACAGAAAGGAAUUCUGAAGGAUUACUUUUACAAAACAGAUAGUGCAAGUUUAUUGUGGCAAAUUAGGUUGAGAAUUGCAGUUGAUGUAGCUAGUGUAAUUUCUUAUCUCCAUAGUGCAUUUCCAAGACCCAUAGUUCAUAGAGAUAUCACACUCUCAAAUAUCUUGCUAGAUGAAGACUAUAUCGCGAAAGUGACUGGUUUUUCACUAUCCAUGUCAAUUCCCGAAGGUAAAACUCACAUAGAGGAUGAAGUUGUAGGAACUCCUGGGUAUCUUGCUCCUGCAUACUUCAAAACACUAAUGUUCAAUGAGAAGAUUGAUGUUUAUAGUUUUGGAGUACUUCUUCUGGUGCUUCUAACUGGCCAACAACCAAUCCUUCAUUCUCCGACAACUACUGCACGUUACAGUUUGGUAAAUUUUGUCAAAGAAAAAAUAGAGGAUGAGAGGUUUGAUGAGAUAAUAGACCCCGUAAUUCUUGAAGAGGGGCCAUGGCCUGAGAAAGAGCGACAAUUAGAAAUCUUUUUAACACUUGCCAUGCAGUGCACUCACGAGAAUGAAGAGGACAGACCAGAAAUUACUGACGUGGCAAAACAACUCAGGCAUAUUUAUCACUCCCUUAUUUCUAAUUGUUAGUUUGUGCCCUCAUCAAUAAUAUGUCUGCUUCCUACAUAUUUUCAAUCUCUUAUUUUAUUACUGAUAUGUAAGCAUUUUCGAUUGCGUUUGAUGGUUCUGAAUUGUUGAAGUGGGAUGGUACUUUUGCUGGAAAUAUUAAAAGAGAAAAAUAUUUGUUAGUUUGUAUCUCCAGUGAAAAGAUUGAGAAUGUGUUAUAUAAUUGGUCACUGAACCUAACUGUUCAUUGUCAUUCCAGACUUUGCAGCUGCUAAGAGUGUUUCUUGCAGAAGCAGCGCAAGGUGGAAUAUGUUUCUUCCGUAAGGAUUGCCUUAAUAUAGUAAACCAGAGCAUGUAUUAAUUCUACUGUUGCUGUAGAUGUUCAAUCUGAUAAUGAAGGUUUGAUCUUGAAUAUGCAAAACAGCUUUUUUCCCUGUACAAAUGGCCAUAUUAUAGCAAGAAAAGUUCCGAUAUCAAGGUAAGUGGUUCAGUAGACAACAAAAGCAUCAAACUGUUAUUCAUAAGCAACCACAAAACCAUAAAUAGAGUUUUGGUGGUAUGAUAUAUUUAUAUACACAUUGUACAUGUUUUCUUAUGUUAAUAAUCUUUCUUCUUCUUCUUUA